AUGUCUCAAUCUAACCUUGGCUCCGAUAUUGCAGUUGCCGCUUUUGUUGGGGUGAUGUAUGAUUGGGUAUUUUCAGCACUCACAUUCGGACAAGAGGUCGAACUCGUUUGGAGACAACGCUGGUCCCUAAUGACAGUGCUGUAUCUCAGUGUACGCUACCUUGGAAUCCUAUCUGCUGCCCUGUCCAUGUCUUCCGACCAUCUCGCUGACGGAUACAGCUGGAUGAUGUACGCUAUAUGGGAAUGGACGGGUCUUGUGGUAUUUGCGAUGCUGUGGGUCAUCAUCACCACUCGGUUGCAUGCCAUGUAUCAACGAGACAGAAAGAUCCUGAUACUUCUCGUUGUCACCUUCCUGUCGAUCAACACUUUUGAUGGAGUGACAGUCUUAGUGUCAACGAUGCAUAGUUCAGGAGAGGAACUCAUUCUCUCCGGCACCUACCAGUGCAGGAUUGGCUAUACAGGAGAUACCCUAGUUCUUUAUUUUGCUGCUUGGAUACUCUACAAUGUGUGGGAGGUCCUCACACUAUGUCUCGCAGUCUGGAUUGCGGUAAAACACUUUCGUGAACUGCGGCAGCAUUCGACAGGAGGGAUUAUCGGGGACUGUUUUACGGUGUUGAUGAAAACUCACGUGUUUUACUUUGCGAGCUUUGUUGCUGUCUCUUGCUUCGAGUACGUCGUUGAAUUCUCUCCAACGAGCCAUUAUCUCCUAGAAGAACAGACUUUGUCUGGCUUGUUUCAGAUUUUGCAGGCCGUGCAGAUGUUUGUGCUAGGACCACGGCUGAUUCUUGGCAUUCGAGAAUAUAAUGCUGAACUCGUGGCUGACUCCGACGCAGCAACCCGCAUGACCUCAAUUGCUUUCCAAGAGCGUGUGCAUAUAUCGACUGGCAGUGGUGUGUAA